GAGCUGAGCUUACAUGCAGCUCUGAGCAGACCUCUGAGCAGACAGAGCAGCUUUCUCCCUGGAGAGACACGAAAAACACCGCCAUCACGUCUCCUCCACUCUUCAUCAUCAAGCGGGGACAUCCCACACUCAACAUCCCCAGCGGUGGAGAAGCCUAGUUUGGAUACAGCAGCAUCUAAACCCUGCCUUUCAAAAGGGACUUCAGCUUGAUGCCUUUCUAUGGGAAUACCUUACUCCAGCCAAUAUUUAAGGUUCAAAACGGCGAGUCCUGUUGAUUAUAGUGCCGAGGGUCAGGGUUCCAGGCCAUCCGAGAAUUCAGGGAGCUGUUCUCUGUGCCAGAGUGCUGAAACAGCUGUCGAGGAUCCUACAAGUGUGCAUUUGUGAAUGUUGAAAAGCCCUUCAGGUGCAGGUGCAGUGUCGGAUUACUCUCACGGUUGCAUAUCGUCAAUGUCGUUGUUUUUCACCAGUGGGAUUUUUAUUUAAAGAAGAUUUUGUAAAGGUAAGAGCGUGUUUUCCACCACCAUUUUGAGUGGUUUCAGCGUUUUCUGCAAGGCAACAGGUGGGACGGCUCACCAGCUGGACGCUCCAACAAGUGUGCUCUCGUGACUGUGAGCUGUCAAGCGUGCGAGGAGCCUUGGGGCGAGUUGUAUCCGAGCCUACAGAAGACUCAGAACGACUCGGACAGGUGUUACGCACCUUCCUUUGCUGGACUUGAAUCAUGACCACCAUGCAGAAGCUGCUGCAGCUGCCAGUGAAUGCAGUAAACAUAGUAAAAACAGUGCAGGGGGUGGCACAUGGUCAGGAAGAGGCCCGCAGUCCUGUGCUUACUCCGGACGGUGGGCAGCAGAACUGGUACAGCGCUGUCCAGCCCGAGGAGCUCCGGCACCUCCGCACCGCUAGCGUCUUUGGCAGCAGUGGUGGAGUGGGAGGGGGGGAAGGGGGAGACGACAAAGGCUCUGGAGAGGAAGGGAUCUCCAGUGCUCAGACACAACCAUUACGGCAUGAUGAUCUGAAGGAGAUGCUGGACAGCAACAAGGACUCUCUGAAACUGGAGGCCAUGAAAAGGAUUGUUGCUAUGAUUGCCAGAGGGAAAAAUGCAUCGGAUCUGUUUCCUGCUGUGGUGAAGAAUGUGGCUUGCAAGAACAUUGAGGUAAAGAAGCUGGUGUAUGUGUAUCUUGUGCGCUAUGCUGAGGAGCAGCAGGAUUUGGCUCUGCUUUCCAUCUCUACAUUCCAGCGAGGACUCAAGGAUCCCAAUCAGCUGAUUCGUGCGAGUGCAUUGCGCGUUCUCUCCAGUAUCAGAGUCACUAUCAUCGUGCCCAUUAUGAUGCUGGCCAUCAAGGAAGCUGCCUCUGACAUGUCUCCUUAUGUCCGCAAGACAGCAGCGCACGCCAUCCCCAAACUCUACAGUCUGGACCCUGAGCAGAAAGACCAGCUGAUUGAGGUCAUUGAAAAGCUGCUUGCUGAUAAGACCACUCUGGUAGCAGGCAGCGUGGUGAUGGCGUUUGAGGAAGUGUGCCCAGAGCGCAUUGAUCUGAUCCAUAAGAACUACCGUAAACUCUGCAAUCUGCUGAUUGACGUGGAGGAGUGGGGUCAGGUGGUCAUCAUUAACAUGCUCACCCGCUACGCCAGGACUCAGUUCCUUAACCCCAAUAUUAAUGAAUCCCUGCUGGAGGAAGGAGGGGAGAAGGCUUUUUAUGGCUCUGAUGAUGAAGACGAUGAUGAUGAGGAGAAAAAGGCUGAGGCAGCUGCUCUGGCCAAGAGGAAGCCAUAUGUUAUGGACCCUGAUCAUAGACUGCUGCUCAGAAACACCAAACCUCUGCUACAGAGCCGCAAUGCUGCGGUGGUGAUGGCAGUAGCUCAGCUGUAUUUCCAUCUGGCACCGAAGGCGGAGGUGGGUGUCAUUGCCAAGGCUCUGGUGAGGCUGAUGAGGAGCCACAGUGAAGUUCAGUAUGUGGUGCUACAGAAUGUUGCAACUAUGACCAUCAAAAGGAGGGGGAUGUUUGAGCCAUACCUGAAGAGCUUUUAUAUCCGGUCCACUGAUCCCACCCAGAUCAAAAUACUCAAGCUGGAAGUAUUGACAAAUUUGGCCAAUGAAACAAACAUCUCAACCAUUCUGAGGGAGUUCCAGACAUAUAUCAAAAGCAUGGAUAAGGACUUUGUGGCAGCCACUAUCCAGGCCAUUGGCCGCUGUGCCACUAACAUCGGGGAGGUGAGAGACACCUGCCUUAAUGGUCUGGUCCAGCUCCUGUCCAACAGAGAUGAGCUGGUAGUUGCUGAGUCAGUGGUGGUGAUUAAGAAGCUCCUGCAGAUGCAGCCAGAGCAGCACAGUGACAUCAUCAAGCACAUGGCCAAGCUUACAGACAACAUACAGGUGCCGAUGGCGAGAGCCAGCAUCCUGUGGCUGAUUGGCGAGUACUGUGAGCACGUACCUAAAAUCGCUCCUGAUGUUCUGAGGAAGAUGGCCAAGAGCUUUACUAAUGAGGAGGACAUUGUCAAGCUGCAGAUCCUCAAUCUGGCUGCUAAACUUUACCUGACCAACUCCAAACAGACUAAGCUCCUUACCCAGUACGUGCUGAACCUGGCGAAGUACGACCAGAACUAUGACAUCAGGGACCGGGCACGGUUCAUCCGCCAGCUCAUCGUCCCCACUGAUAAAAGUGGAGCUUUGAGUAAAUAUGCCAAGAAGCUCUUUCUUGCCCUCAAACCUGCACCAGUACUGGAGUCUCCGUUUAAAGACAGAGACCACUUCCAGCUGGGCUCGCUGUCUCACCUGCUGAACGCUAAAGCAGGCGGCUACCAGGAGCUGCCUGACUGGCCCGAGUCGGCGCCCGACCCCUCCGUGCGCAACGUGGAGGUGAAGGAUUCUGUUAUUAGGCUGCUCGAAAGAGUCACAACUCUAACCAGUGUUCCAGAAUGGACCAAAUGCACCAGCAGGAAGGAGCGGAAGGAGAAGAAGGUGGAGAAACCUUUCUACUCCGACUCGGAGGGAGAAUCUGGGCCCACGGAGUCGGCUGACAGUGAGUCAGACACAGGUAGUGGGUCCGAGAGCGGCAGUGAGGAAAGCGGCUCCGGCUCAGAGAGCGAAGAGAGUGAGGAGGAGUCAGAGUCUGAGGAGGAAGAGGAGGAUGAAGAAGAUGAGAGAACAAAGAAAAAGAAGAAAAUAGAAAAGAGCAAACCUAAGAAACCUGAGAGUGCUGAGAGUGAUCAGAGCAGUGGAGAGGAGCAGAAGAGGAACAGAAAAGUAGUAAAGGAGAGGAGGAGUGGCUCUGAGUCAGAAAGCGAGGAAGAGAGCGAGUCUGAGAGCAGCGAGUCGGAGUCUGAGUCAGAGGAAGAAUCAGAGUCGGACACUGACAUCAAGAAGAAGAAGAAGGCAGCUCCAUCAAAGCCACCCCCAAAACAAACCAAAAAAGAAAGCAAGAAAGAGACCAAGGAAAUGUCGCUGCUAGAUCUGGAUGACUUUGAUCCCACGCCUUCACCUCAAGUGACACCCGUCAACAACUUCCUGUCCAGCAGUUUAGUGGCCGAUCUAGAGGGUCUCUCACUGACCGACACUGUUUUAGCCCCCACUACCAUUGCUCCAUCCAGCUCAGUGCGGAUGUACGAGCUGUUGCACCGGAUCACAGGCGAGGGUCUGGCAGUGGAGUACUGCUUUAGCCGGCAGCCCUUUAGUCCAGACCCUCACAUGGUGGCAGUGCAGAUCCAGUUCACCAACAACACCUCGUCAGAGAGCAAGAGCCUGCACAUAGAAGACCCCAAACUACAGUCUGGCAUGAGGAUCAAGGAGUUUCCUGAAAUAGAGUUGUUACCAGCAGGCGAAUCGGUUAACGUGGUAAUGGGAAUCGAUUUCUGCGACUCCACACAAGCAGCCAACUUUCAGCUUUGCACUCAUACCCGGAAGUUCUUCGUUUCAAUCCAGCCACCAGUGGGGGAGCUGAUGGUACCUGCGUUUCUGACAGAGAACGAGUUUAAGAAAGAGCAAGAGACACUAUUACAUGGUCAGCUGAUGGGAAUGAAUGAGAUCUCAGAGAAGCUGAACCUGGGGGAGAAGUGUCAGAGUGACCACGCCAUUGUAGAGAGAGUUACAGCCAAGGCUAACCUCAGCAGAGUGCCCUGCGGGUCAGAGAAAGAGAACAGUCCUCCUCUUCCUCCUCCUCCUGUUUCUUCACCUGUGUCCAGGUUUGCUGGGAAAACCGUCAGCAGUGGCAGCCUCGUGCUGGUCACCGUGGCCAGGAAGGAGGGGGGAGGAGCCCAGCUCACGGUGAACUGUGAAAAGAUGGUGAUUGGAACGAUGCUCGUGAAGGACAUCCUCCAAGCCCUGACGCAGUGAUGACUGCUGCUGCUGCUGCUUCAUCUCGCAUCCCCCACCUCACCCUGAGCUCACUGAGCCCAUCAAGCAUAUAUAUCUGUAGCAAUGUGUAGAUGCUGCCUUGACCCUGUGUGCUGAUGUUGGGCCAGCUUCCAUUAUUCAGUACUUACUCAAAUACUGGUAACUGUUAUAAGUGGAAACACAAAAGAUCUUGGAUCAUUUCAAAAUGAUGUACAUCGAUUUACAUUUAUUUUUUAAGUCUGUAACGACCAGAACACACCUAAAUAUUAGAGACAGAAGGCCUCAUGAAUGUCCCCCCAAUAGAACCUGUAAUAUCUUGUGAUGUUUUCCUGUUUUAUCUACAGUAUCUCCUCCUUUUGGUGUGCAGAAUGCUGCAUGGUGUCUAAUUUAAACAUUUUCACACAAGAAAACCAACGCUUGCCAAAUAUCCAGAGCACAGGGUGUGUGGUUUGUUUAAAACUAUAAACUAUUAGUUUAUUUAGUUACCACAAAUGUAGAGCACAGAAAGUCUAUCGGCUCUAAUACAUGGGCUUUAUGUUACAAUAAGUAAUUUAGAAAUGUAACUAUGAUGCUCAUUUCAGGAUUUAAUGAUAUUUUAUUGCAAUGAACACUUCACAGCUCAAAUUUAAAAUAAAAUUUAUGACUAUGAUAUUCUUGCAAUACCCAAUAUUUCAAAUAAUCUACAGCCAGUAAUCUACAGCCUUGGGCUUUGAGAGAAUAUAGACUUCUUAAGACAAUAAAAUAUGAUACAUUUGCAUCAGUAUCCAAUUAAACCACAGUGUUGCACCAAACACUGUAUUUUCUUCAAUCCUGCUCUAAUAGCUUUGGUAGUGAUUGAUUAAAAAUGAUCUUAUCCAGAUUCUUAAUGGCAAACAGAUAAAGUAAAUCUCUAUCUGUUAUAUUACUUUCACAGAUCAAGUAAAACUCUGUACACAGUAAUAGCAAACUGAACCACCAUAGACAUGUGUUGAACAGUAUCAGGUGUGAACAGUAUGGCUAGAAAAUACUAGGAAAGAAGUUUCCUCAUAUCUUGUUCCUAACAGCUGCUGUUAAGGCUGACCGUCCACUUCUUUGCCUACAUGUUGGCAAAAUGUAGAAUAUGUGCUUCAUUUCUGUUGUGUUAUUUAUUUAUAGCUAGUCUGAGUUUGUCUGCAACAGGAAAUCAAAUCUUGUCCUUUAUUGUAGUUUUUUUCAAUGCAAACCAAAUGGGUUAAGUAGCAGGUUGAAAUAGGUAAACUGCAAAUCACCACGUUCAUCUUUCUGCACUUUGUUCUUUUCUUGUUCUCUUUCCCCCCAGAGAGAACUCUACUGUUGAAUAUGCUAUAAGAAAUCUAAAUGCAGAAACUUUUACUGCUGUUGCAUCAUGACAUUGUUGGUGUAACCUUCAUCCUGAUAACAGUUAAACUUCAACAGUCAACAUACAGCUGGAAGCACUCUGGACCAUUUCUGAAGUGUGAAUGGAGGUAGUUUUAAUCAAACAAUAAUUAUAUUUGAUGGUUCCAUGUGAUGUACUAUUUAUUUCUCCAAAUAUGUUUUUUUAUGUUAAACAAACACUACUAGAACAUAAUGUCUCUGCCUUGCUGUGUGAUUGUGAAAUAUUAUAACUUUAUUUAUUACAUUUUCAAAUGUCAAUAAAAUUAAACAUGUGCUGAGA